CUUCUCCUCCUCUAGGGAAGCCUGCCAUUUCCAGCCACUCUGCCCUCCCCUCUGAAGAGCCACUUGCCCCACGCCGGACUGCGGCUCCAGCCCGCUCCUGCCUCGGGCUCAGCCGGUCUAUCAGUCCAUCGACGCUCCCGCCGGUGCCGGGUAGCCCCUAGAGGGACGCGCCCCGAGAUGGAGAGCAAAGCACUGCUCCUGGUGGGUCUGGGCUUGUGGCUCCAGAGUCUGGCCGCCGCCGACAAAAUAAUAGGAGGAAGAGAUUUUAGAGACAUCGAAAGUAAAUUCGCUCUGAGGACCCCUAAAGACACAGCUGAGGACACUUGCCACCUCAUUCCUGGAGUGACAGAAUCUGUGGCUAACUGUCACUUCAACCAAAGCAGCAAAACCUUUGUGGUGAUCCACGGCUGGACGGUGACAGGAAUGUAUGAGAGUUGGGUGCCAAAACUUGUGGCUGCUCUGUACAAGAGGGAACCAGACUCCAAUGUCAUUGUGGUGGACUGGCUGUCACGGGCCCAGCAGCAUUAUCCAGUGUCUGCGGGGUACACCAAGCUGGUGGGAAAGGAUGUGGCCCGGUUUAUCAACUGGAUGGCGGAGGAAUUUAACUAUCCUCUGGACAAUGUCCAUCUGUUGGGAUACAGCCUUGGAGCCCAUGCUGCUGGCAUUGCAGGAAGUCUGACCAAUAAGAAGGUCAACAGAAUUACUGGUCUAGAUCCAGCUGGCCCCAACUUUGAGUAUGCAGAAGCUCCAAGUCGCCUUUCCCCUGAUGAUGCGGAUUUUGUAGACGUCUUACACACAUUCACCAGAGGAUCACCUGGCCGAAGCAUUGGGAUCCAGAAACCAGUAGGGCAUGUUGACAUUUACCCUAAUGGAGGCACUUUCCAACCAGGGUGUAACAUUGGGGAGGCUAUCCGUGUGAUUGCAGCGAGAGGCCUUGGAGAUGUGGACCAACUAGUGAAGUGCUCCCACGAGCGCUCCAUUCAUCUCUUCAUUGACUCUCUGUUGAAUGAAGAAAAUCCAAGUAAGGCUUACCGGUGUAAUUCAAAGGAAGCCUUUGAGAAAGGGCUCUGCCUGAGCUGCAGAAAGAACCGUUGCAACAACUUGGGCUAUGAGAUCAAUAAGGUCAGAGCCAAAAGAAGUAGCAAAAUGUACCUGAAGACUCGUUCUCAGAUGCCAUACAAAGUCUUCCAUUACCAAGUAAAGAUACAUUUUUCUGGGACUGAAAGUGAUGUACACACCAACCAGGCCUUCGAGAUCUCUCUGUACGGCACUGUGGCCGAGAGUGAGAACAUCCCUUUCACACUCCCUGAAGUUUCCAUAAAUAAGACAUACUCCUUCCUGAUUUACACGGAGGUGGAUAUUGGAGAACUGCUAAUGUUGAAACUCAAAUGGAAGAGCGAUUCAUACUUCAGCUGGUCAAACUGGUGGAACAGCCCUGGCUUUACUAUUCAGAAGAUCAGAGUAAAAGCAGGAGAGACUCAGAAAAAGGUGAUCUUCUGCUCCAGGGAGAAGGUGUCUCAUCUGCAGAAAGGAAAGGCCCCGGUGGUAUUUGUGAAGUGCCAUGACAAGUCUCUGAAUAAGAAGUCCGGCUGAAACUGCAAAUCUUCAGAAGGAAGAACAUCACAUGAAUUCUGUAAAGAAGGAAGUAACUUUUAUAAAAGGUGCCCAGUGCUUUAGGUAGUUAAAAGUGGAUUUUCCUGAGUAUUAAUUCCAGCUAUAUCCUUAUUAGUUAUUUUAGAAGACAGUAUCAAAUACUAAAAAGUGGCUAAUUCAGUUUAAGGAACAUAGUAGUCAAAUAGCACAUCUUCCAAUAUUAAAAGACAGUAGAUAUGAAAAGCACUGCAUUUUGCUCUUUGAGAAAGAAAUAAGAAUUGUUUGGGCCCAUGGUAAAAUAAUAAAACCUUUUAGUGUAGUGAGUUUAGCCAUAGCCUAAAAUUUAAUAGAACCUCCUAUUUUAUUUGAAAUUCUUCGUUUUCUGUACUGAUACCUUCUCAAAGUUUUCUCCAAGUCUGAAUAUAGAAAAUGAUUUUUACGGCAUGAGUCGAACCCAUUUACUUACCAGUCAAAACACCUGACUACUUUGGAAACUUCUCUUGCCGUUGGGAGGUAGCCCAGGUGGUUAGCUAGGGCCUAGUGCCGUGGAGGGAGGGAUGGAGAACGGCGCUCAUAAAGCACUGAAUCCUUAAACGCUCCCUGUGGUUGGUUACAUUGUAACUAAGUUACAAACUAAAGGAGAAAUAAAAUUUAAAUAAUUGAGUCUUACUGGGCUUUACAGCUUAUUGCUUCAUCUCUCCCCUCCUUUUCCUGCUUUUCUCGAUUGUAUUUUAACAAUGUUCUCUGGGUAGGUGUUUAAAAUCAGCCUGUUAUCCUCAGCUUACAGAUAAUUUUAACUAUGGAGAAAGAAAAUACCAUAAUUUUAUUAUCAGACUUUCAAAAUUAUAUUUAUCAAUUUGAAGUCAUUUAAUAUCUGAUAAUUACUAUUUAAUUUUAGGCCUGUCUUAGUCAUUUAUUAGUCAUACUUUGAGGAUGUCUCCUUCUUCCCUGGUUUUGAUAAGAAAAUGUGUUCAAGGUCAAAUUUUGCAUCAGGCAAACUCCUACAAAUUUUAGACAAGGACCAUUUUUAUUAAGUAAAGAGAUGGGAAAGUUGCUAGGCUGUAUUCAUAAACAGUGCUUAAAACCGUCGUGGGCAAUUAAAAGACGCUUCAAUUGUCAUAGCGACAUGAAAUGCCAUGAGAGUUGUUGCUUUUAACAACUAGUGAAGAGUGAGUCAACAAUUAUUUAUAAACUAAGUCUCAUAUUUUCAGAAUGUUUUUCUAGAUAUUAGUAUAGAAUGAGAAAGAAGUCAAAUAUCUCAGAGGCUAUUGCUGGGAGUCACAAAUGGGAACAUGUGUGGGCAUCUGAACACGUCCUCACAUCUGAAGCCCAACGUGUAUGUUCAGUGUUCAGCAUGGCUUGGAAGGUAAAUGAUCAAGAGAUGUACUGGAACAUGUUGGAGGAGAAAUUGUUCCAGAGCUGCCAGAACUUCAGCCCUUCAUCUGAGAAAUAUUGUUGUGCCUGCACAAAGUAGGACAAAUGUGAUUGAUGCCAGCUGGCUUGGAAUGAAUUUUCUCUAAAAAUAAAAUAUUGUGUGAUUUGUUGUUGGCAUCCCCAUUAUUGCUAAUUUCUUAAUUUUCUGGAUUUGAAUUUUGAGCAAUGGUGCAUGAACCUAAGAAAAUAUGAAUCAAAUUGGGGUAUGGCCCUGGGAACUCUGGCUUCUACAGACUUCAAUAUAUGUAUCAGCAAUGCUUUGGCUUUAAAUGUUAUUUAUUAGCUGUAAAUAUAUAUAUGUGUACGUGUAAAAGGAGAUUGUAUGUAUUGGAAAGGUUGUUGUGGCUUUCUGCAUUUAUAGACAUGUGGUGCUAACUUUGUACAUGUCUUUGUUAGUGACAGUGUCACUUAGCCAACUUACCCUUAGGAAAUAAUGUAAUAAAAUGGGCUUUUUUAAAACAAAACUUACUUAACUAUGUUAAGAAAUGGAAUCUGCUUUUAAUGAAAUGGAUGAAAUUUUAUUACAACACUAAGUCAUUAUUUUGUAUCAUUUUAGUUCUCUAAAAAAGAAAUCUAUUCUUAGGGCAGAUUCAUUCAGAAAAUUUUUAUGGAGUAACCGCUCUUCUUAGUGAAAAAAUAUAGCUUCUAAAAAUUACAGUGCACAUUAUAUUUUAUGUUUUAUAUUUACAUUUGUACAAAGCCUUAGAGAACCUUUGCACUAACUAUAGAGGAAAAUGAUACAGAAUUUUUCCUAAACAAAAUACACCUGACUUUUCUUGCCUGCAGGAUACUUUUUCAUAUGUAAAAUGUUAGAUUAAUAAAAAAAUGUCUUUGACCACUUUCUGGAAUACAUUGUCUCUAUUUCUGAGGUCUAAUUAUUAGCUACAAAGUGAGUGGCAUUUUUGCAAUAAAAUGAACUAUUUGAGAUGAGAGGGUGCCUUUUUUAGAACUUUGCUUUGGAUUGUCUUGAUAAUGAAGAAGAACAACACACAGCCCAUCUAUGCAGUUAAGUAGGGGUUGCUCCAUAGUACAGUCAGGAAGAAUUGAGUUCAGAAUACAAUUGUUUCAGUGGCCACUGACCCAAACCUUCAUUGUCAGGCAUAGGGUCUUCUGGAGCUGGGGUCUCCCUGACAGGAAGAGGCUUCCCUGUUUACACUUUGCUCACUGCCUAUCAAUGCUUCUUGACGUAAACAAAAGACAGACAUAACAGGAAUUGGCAAGGAUGUGGAGAAAUGUGAACCUGCAUACAUUGCUGAUGAGAAUGUACAGUGGUGUAUCCACUCUGGAAAAGAGUUUAGCAGUUUUUUGAAAAAUUAAUUAUAGAGUUUAACCCAUAUGACCCAGUAAUUCCACUAUUAGGUAUAUACCCAAGAGAAAUGAAAGCAUAUGUUCACAAAGAUUUGACACAAAUGUUCAUCACAGCUCCAAAGUGGGGAAGCAAUUCAAAUCCCCAUCAACUGGUGAAGAGAGAAACAAAAUGUGGUCUGUCCACACCAAGGAGUAGCCAUCAGAAAUUAAAAGAACAGCCUGCUGAUACAUGCCACCACGCGGAGGCACCUCAAACACCUCUUGCUACGUGAAAGGACUGGAUGCAAAACAUCACACAUUGUUUGAUUCCACUUAUAUGGAGUUUCCAGAAAAGGCAAAUCUAUAGAAACAAAAGGUAGAUUUAGUGGUUGCCUGGGGAUGGGAGUUGGAAGAAUUAUUGACUACAAAUGGAUAUAAGGAAUCUUUUGGAGAUGAUGGAAUUUAGAUUGUGGUGAUGAUUGUAAUUUACUAAACUCUGUAAUUUACUAAAAAUCAUUGAAUUGUAACUUAAAUAGGUGAACUUUAUGGCAUGUAAACUUUGCUUCAAUAAAGGUCUUAAAAAUGUA